UUUCCUGCUUUUAUUUACUUUGUGCUGGAUUAAAUAAUAAGUACAUUAGCACGUGCGAUGUAUUAUAAUCAACGAUGACGUUUUGGCACGACUCGUGGUGUGAAAUAAGCCGAAUUCUGACAUUUUGUGUCGACAUUUUGUGUCGCCGGUUACAAACCGUCGAACCUUCGAAAUAAGAGCACAAUGUUUUUUUUCCGCGCUUUUCGCCACUACAAAAAAAACAUAGUUAGCUUCGUACAUUUCACCCACGCUGGUUUAACAGUGAAGCGCUAUAAUCGCCCCUCACGUGGCUGGCACAGUACACGAAGUAUUCACCUACCUACGUGUAUCGACAGACCACCAUUACGAAGAAAGCUACACAUUUAGGAGUAACAGAAAGAGGAGGCGGUGAAGCAGACACACUACUGAGACAGCAGAAAUGACUCAGGUCACCAAUCACGGGAAGCUGCUGCUGCAGCGCUUACAUCAGCAGCGGGAGAUGGACUUCCUGUGCGAUAUAACCAUCAUGGUGCGAGACGUGGAGUUCAGAGCCCACCGCAACAUCCUGGCUGCGUUCAGCAAGUACUUCUCCACCCAGGCGGAAAAGGGUCAGGAGGUCACCACGCUGGACCCCGAGAAGGUCAGCCGCUACGCUCUGGAGAAGCUGUUGGAGUUCAUCUACACCGGACAGAUGAACCUCAGCAGCACCAGACAAGCAGCUGUGCGUCGAGCUGCCGUGUUCCUGGGAAUAUCGGAGGCCACAAAGUAUCUGGUGGAGACCCCCCACUGGGCCGAGCUCAGCGAAACGUCCCAGUCGGAGAUGGAUAAAGAAGCCGGUCUCUCUCCUCCCAGUCCGGCCUCUCCCGGCAGCCCUUCCUCACCGGUCCCCCUGUCCAUCGUCUCCAUCGCGGGGGAGAGUCAGGAGGAGGGGGGGGCGGCGGCGGCGGCCGGCGGGGGAGAGCAGGGCGAGGAGGCGGGCUUUGUGGAUGUGGAAGAGGGAGAGAAGAGCGACGACGAGUACACCCCCGUCACGCCGAAGAGCGCUGGAAGAGGAGCAGGAAGGAAGAGAGGCAGGCCGAAGAGAUUUAGCGGCGAGAAGGUGGAGCCGGGCAGCUCGGCCGACGGCACACCCAAAACCCAGGGCUACAGGGGGAGGGGGAGGGGGAGAGGCCGAGGGAGGGGGAGGGGGAGGGGAAGAGGGAGAGGGAGAGGUGGUAUUAAAACAGAGGAUCUGUUUUUGGAGGAUUCUGACGGGAGCGUGAAGGAUUUCGGGGAUUUCUCCGAAGACUGGAGCCCCUCUCGGGAGGACGACGACGACGACUUCCUGGCGAAGAAGCCCCGGCUGAGCGGCGGGAGGGGGCGUGGCCGCGGGAGGGGGCGGGGCAGAGGGCGGGGUAGGAGGAAGCUGGCGGCGGAGGAGGAGGAGGAGGGAGAGGAAGGGGAGAGCGGCGGGGCGGGGUCGGACGAUGACAUGUUGGGAAUGAUGAUGGGGGAGGAUGACGAGGACGACGAGGACUUGGACAUCGGGGAACGCGAUCCGUCGGAGAUGGACGAGCUGUCGCUGUCGUGCACUGAGUGCAACAAGCUGUUCAAAGACGUGAGCAGCCUGCGGCGACACGAGAAGAUCCACAAGGGCCUGAAGCCCUUCGUCUGCAUCUUCUGCUCCAAAAACUUCCGGCAAGCCACCCAGCUGAAGACUCACCUGCGCAUCCACACAGGCGAGAAGCCGUUCAACUGCUCCGAGUGCGACAAGUGUUUCGCUCAGAAGUGUCAGCUGGUCGCUCACCGCCGGAUGCACCACGGAGAGGAGAAGCCGUACACCUGCGAGCGCUGUGGCUUCAAGUUCGCUACCUCAUCCAACUACAAGAUACACAUCAGACUGCACAGCGGGGAGAAACCCUACGUGUGUGAUAUCUGCGGCCAGGCGUUCGCUCAGUCCAGCACACUGACGUAUCACAAGCGGCGUCACACGGGAGAGAAACCGUACCAGUGCGACCUGUGCGGCAUGUCGUUCUCUGUCUCCUCGUCGCUCAUCGCACACGCUCGAAAACACACCGGUGAGACUCCGUACAAAUGUUCGCAGUGUGAAGGAAGUUUUGUGACGUCUUCUGAACUGAAGAAACACAUGAGGCGACUUCACCCAGAGGGGAACAACGGAGUGCAGUGUCUGCUGUGUGGAAACCGCUUCGCCAGCGUGAAGAACAUGAUCAAACACCAGGAGAAGGCUCACGCUGACGAAGUGCGGCAACACAAGGAGAGAGCCAGAGCAGUCGUCCUUUUGGCCUCCAGUCAUCCCGUGGCUUUCGUCCAGAAUAAACUCACCCAGGAAAACAAAAGCAUGGCUUCCAUCCCGGAAGGCGGAGAGCCGCCGAACCCCGAACCGACCACCCCCAACCCCAAAGCCCCGCCUCCGUCUGCAGCCGCCACUGCCGCCGUCAUUCAGGACUUCAAGGCGGAGCCCACUCACACCGCCAUCGCCGCCGCCGCCGACCAGGUGACCUACGAAGCCGACCAGGAGCAGACCAUCAACUCGGACACGCUGCACGCUCUGGUGGAGCAGCUGCGGCCGCCGCCGUCUCCGGCACAGAGCCUGGAGCAGAUCGUCAUCAUCAGGACGGUGGACAACGGCGAGCACAACGCUCCUCCGCAGUGAGUCACAGCUAACGGACGGUCGGUCUCCUGCACGUCAAAGUUAACUUUUCAUACUUUCAUCUGUUAUUUUUCCGCUGAUAAUGAAGCUUCACUUUCCACGUUGAUGGAUGUGAACAAACCUUACUCAUGAAGGAGAAAACGAAGGUGAAACGGGGAAAUUAUCGACCAAAUUCUCCGUCGUGAAACGUCCGUCAUCGACUUCCCAUUCCACCUUUUGACCCGUCUCACUUGCCGUAGUUGCAGUGAGGGAUAAUUACCAACAUUUCAGGUUUCUCCUCCAAAUACAUGAGCUACAGGUUUGUUUACAGCCGGUCUGAGUGAGUUUAAUGUCGUUAUUACUCGCAGAAACUACAAACAGGACUUUGAGUUGUAGUUGUUGCUGAACCUUUUCACACAAAGCAUUUUGAGUUGUUGCUCCCAAACAGAGAGCAGGAUGGUCACUGAACAGACUGAGCCCUGUUCAUGUAGUUCCUGGUCCCUCAAAGUGCUUUCCGACGGCCCAGGAACUAUCGGGGUGGAGUUUGUUGUCGGAUGUGGAGUCGGCUACUUCCUGUGUGCAGAAUUCACUCUCAAGCAGCUUCCAUUUAAACACCACAGUCGACAGUAUUUAGACAACAGGGACACUUUGUAAUCCCUUUAUUGGUGUACUUUACUAAAUGUACAUGGGGGGGGGGGGGCGGGGGGGCACUGAUCCUGAUGAGAGGAUCUGUGAGGUGAGACAGAUUUAAUACAGAUUCUUCUCAAUGUUUCAAACGUCAGUUCAGUCGUUUGUGUCGAGCCACAGAUCUUCUUUUUUUUUUUUUUGUCAUUUUUCUACAGAAACCUUGUUUUUCCACUAAGAGGCAGAUUUUAAAGAUGCAGAUAAAUGAGCACUGCUCUGACUUCAGCUGAUACGUUCUUCAGGAAUCAGACUGUAUCGGGGAGAGAAAGUGUGAAUCGGUGCGUCGCUUUAAGUGAGUUUAGUUUACAGAAGGAGACGUUUAGAAAGUCUAAACACCGCUCCUCCUCCUCUGUCUUCUGAACUGGAGUCGCUCUGAGCACCACAUGCAUCUAAAGGAUGUAACGUGAAACUUGGCUCUCUGCUCUGGUUUCUCCUCUCACGGCUUCUGGUUUUCAGACUUCGCCGGCUACUUAAACUCCAAACACCCGAGACUAACGGCCACCGUCUGUGACGUUGACGUGCAGCUCUGAUUGGAUGGAUUAUCUAAUAUCAAUGAACGAGCAUCAGAUGAACACGUCUCUCGUUGGUUUCGUAGAUGACGAGCUAUGAUUCUAUUUGUCAUAAAGUGACACGUGAUGGUUUUAUUAUCAAUGUGAUCAUCACUCUGUUCGUUCAGUCUUGUUUAGUUUGUUUUUGUUUUAGCAGAAGACUUUGAAAUCUGCGUUUUAUUUCUCUCAACUGUUUUCUUUCUUUCUUUCUUUCUUUCUUUUUUAAUUUUGGAUAAACUCGUCUACAUUACUUGUACAGAAAUGUGAAUCACACAAACAAGUUUAAAAACUACAACAGGAGAAUAAAAGUAACACAGGAAGCGUGUUUGUCUCUGACUGUGGAGGAAUAAAUGAUUCUUGAUGAUACUUGUUAUUUGAUGUCUUUGUGUUCAGAAACAUUUCUGUUUAAAACAUAUAAAAUGAAGCUGCUCAGAAUUAAAUACAGAUGUUAUAAUUCAAUGAUGGAAGGAUUUAUAUAAUAGUGAUAACUUCCCCCAAAACAUCGAUCACAUACCUGCUUUACCUUCUGGGCUGAACUACUUCAUUAAGAAAAUAAAAGCAGAGCAGCUGAUGAGAAAGAUAUUCAUUUCCUAACCAGCAUCAGUAAAAGAAGAUGUUCCAGAUGUUUCUACAUGUUAACAAUCAAUAAUCAAGUACAAACAACAUCACAACAAAAGAACGUGUACUACAUUCAAACUAAUAUAAAUAUAUAUUCAUAUUAUAUUCUUAUAGAUAUAUUCACUACACAAC